CAAUGAAGGUUUGCAAUAUUCCCAUCAUCAGAAGAGGAACUCUGGCUCUGUAACAUACCAUGGUAAAGACUGAGUUUAUUAAAGAGGAGAUUGAUAACAUGAGCGAUCCAGUGAAUCAUGAAGAUGCUGAGGAACAAACAGAUCGGAUGGAGGUGAAAAUGAUAAAACAAGAGCUAAAUGAGGAGGAGGAGGAGCAUCGUAACUUUAAAACCCAAAGAAUAGAAUCAAAAAAGCGGCACACCUGCUCGCAGUGCGGAAAGAGUUUCAGACUUAAAUCAGGUCUGAGUAAUCACAUGUGGCACCACUCCGGAGAAAAGCUGUUUAAGUGUGAUCAGUGCGGUAAAAAAUAUUCCUCGUUAUCAAAUCUGAAAGUUCAUCUGAAACUUCACUCGGAUGAGAAGCCUUACGUGUGCUCUGUCUGUGGAAAGGGUUUCGCUCGGCUUAACUCUCGUAAUCAGCAUCAGAAAACACACGGUGGUGUGAGAGACCACGUGUGUCGCGAGUGUGGGCGGAGCUUCACUACAGCUGCACAGCUGAAGCAGCAUCAGAGAAUACACACCGGAGAAAAACCCUACAAGUGCUCGUAUUGUGACAAGAGCUUCUCUCAGCCUGGGAACCUGAAAUCACACGAGCGAGUUCACACGGGAGAGAAGCCGCACCGAUGCGCUCAGUGUGGCAAGAGUUUCAAACAAUCAGCUCUUCUCAAUUAUCACAUGCACGUGCACUCUGGAGAAAAGCCAUUUCGGUGUGAUCAGUGUGGUAAGGAGUUUUAUUCGUCAUCAAAUCUGAAGAAACACCUGAUAAUCCAUACAGACCAGAGGCCUUAUGUGUGUUCCUAUUGUGGGAAGAGCUUUCCACUGUUAGUCAAUUGUAAUCGGCAUCAGAAGAUACACACCGGUGAGAAAGGACACGUGUGUAGCGAGUGUGGAAAGAGCUUUACUACAUCUGGCCAACUGAAAUACCACCAGAGAAUUCACUCCGGAGAAAAGCCGUACGAGUGUGCGUACUGUGAGAGGAGAUUCCCUCAGUAUUCACAGCAGAAAUCGCAUGAACGAAUUCACACUGGAGAGAAGCCUUACAGCUGCACUCAGUGUGGAGACCGUUUCAGACAUUCAAGCUCUUUGGUGCUUCAUAUGAAAAAGCAUUUCCCGUCGAGUCCCAUCCAUUCCUCCAGUUAGUGAGCUUUCAGGUGCUUUGAGGGCAUGACAGAUAUUCAUGCAUUUAGAUCAGCAAAGUGAUCGCAGUGUGAGAAUAGUGCAAAAGCUUGAAGGCACUGAAGAAUAAAAAUGUUUAAGUAAAAGUCAAUAAAAUAUGAGUGCUUCGGCAACAUUUUACAUUAUUCUGUGGCACUGUGAGCAAGUGUUUUCUUCAGAUCCUGUGUUUUAAUUAAACAGUGUGAGAUUUAGAUAAAGUGCAUGUGUAAAAAUACAAUAAACUUGAGUUGUUUAAAAACUGUUUGUGCACCAGAAGUUGUCUGUAGGCUCUGUAUAAUGGCAAAAUAUUAAUAUCAUUGCACUGAACAUCUCUGAUUAUGUGUGAUAUUAAGUAAUUGGUAACACUUUAGAAUAAGGUUCCGUUAGUUAAUGUUAGUAUGUAAUAGAUUAGAAAUUAGUUUUGUUUCAUGUACACGAUUUGACCAGCUGGUGUUUCUUUCGCUGGCUUUGAAUCA